AUGGAUGGAGUACAGCAGAGUGGGGGGCAGGAGAUAGGGGAGCAGCAGUCAGGGGAGCAGCAGAUAGGGGAGGAGCGGAUUGAGGAGCAGCAGAUGGUGGACCAGCAGCUAGGGGAGCAGCAGACAGGGGAGCCGCAGACAGGGGAGCAGGAGAUGUGGGGAAUUAGAGAUGGUGGUCGUGUGUUGGCCUCUGGGAUGAUCACUGCGCCACUGCGUCGCUCCACUCGCAUCACUUGUGUCGAAGAGGAAGAUAGACGGAAGGCGCGGGAGACGCACGCGCUACUAGCAGGGGGGACGCGCUCUACCUCCUCGCUCUCCUCCCCUCCUGCCCUUUCUUUUCCCCCCUCCCAGUCAGCUGAACAGGCAACCGUCCUGCGCCUAUCCGAAAUGGAGGAAGAGCGGCGGAACGCGCGGAAGAGGCCGGAGCAGGCAAUCUUCCUGCGCCUGUCCGAAAUCAAAGAGGAUGAGAGGCGGAAGGUGCGGAAGAGGCGCGCGCUGCUAGCGGAGCGACGCUGCUCGUCCCCUUCGCGGUCCUCCCCUCCUGCCCCUCUCUACCCCCUUUCCCCCUUGCCCCCGCUUCUGCAGUCAGCCGAGCAGGCAAUCUUCCUGUGCCUAUCGGAAAUCGAAGAGGACGAGAGGCGGAAGGCGCGGAAGAGGCGCGCGCUGCUAGCGGAGGGGGUGGCGCUUAUCCUCCUCACUCUCCUCCCCUCCUGCCCUUUCUUUUUACCCACCCAACCCCCGCAGUCAGCCGAGCAGGCCAUCUUCCUGCGCCUAUCCGAAAUUGAAGAGGGGGAGAGACGGAAGGAGCGGAAGAGGCGCGCGUUGCUAGCAGGGGGGGCGGCGCUCAUCCUCCUCGCUCUCCUCAUAGCAGCAGCGGUCGCGAUCGGCGUGACAGCGAGCAAGAAGACGUGCCAGGAAUCCGCGGACCAAUCCAGCAACGCCACGUCAGCAGAGGCGGUGCUGACUCAGCAGCAGCAGCAGGGGGAGUUGGUAGGGACGGUGCAGAUCGGGGGGAGGUGGGGGAAUGUGAGCACUGUUGUUGCAAAGCUUGACAUUCAACCCAACACCAACGGUCUUAUCUCAGCAAACGGAGGAGGCGCCACCUCAUCAUGGGAUGCUGCCACGUGGCAGCCGUCUGGGGGUGCCGUAGAGGACACGUCAGCAUUUCAGCAACUGGCAAAUCCGGAGCUGACACCUGUCGAUGCGCAAGUUUUAGGGAUGGGAGGGGAGAGAGGGCCUCCGGACCUGUCAGUGCAAGGAGUGGACUUCCAAAACGGCCACAUGUCGGUAUCAGGCCCGGACUCCUGGAGCUUUAGCCUUGAGCCGUUCAAGGAGGUCAGCCUGGAUCUGACCGCACUGAUCAACGUGGCGGCGGUGGUGUCGAAUCCGAACCCCAUCGAGAUCAUCGCGCAGGAGGUCAACAUGGACGUCAGCUUCUACAGUGUCGACGUCGGCUACGCUAACAUCCCGGACUUCACUCUCCCUGCCAACAGCAGCGCCACCAUCACUGUCCCAUUCAACAUCGACAACUUCCCGCUGCUCUCCUUCUCCGAUCAGAGCCUUAUCACGGGUUCCAUCGCAAAUGGCGAGCUCGAGUUUCAGGUUCAAUUGGUGUGUAACGCAGUGGUCAACCUGACACAAAAUAACGUGCUUUCCAAGUCGUGCAGCACGAACAUUGCCACGUGA